CUUCCCCACCACCACCAACCCAGACCGGCCGCGGCCUAUAUAAUUCCCGGCGCGCCGCGCGCUUCGGUCGAUCAUCGUCCACCGGUCGUACUCGAUCGUAUCGUAUAGUCGUCUGUACAAACCAACCGACGCGAUCGUACUACGCUAGCUAAGACAGGAUGAGCAGCGAGAAUGGAGAGAACGGACACGGCGCCGCCGACGAGGUGGUGGAGCCGUAUCAGCAGACGCCGCGGCCCGGGCCGAAGCUGAACGAGAGGAUCCUCUCGUCGCUGUCGCGGAGGUCCGUCGCCGCGCACCCGUGGCACGACCUCGAGAUCGGCCCUGAUGCUCCCGCCGUGUUCAACGUCGUCGUGGAGAUCACCAAGGGGAGCAAGGUGAAGUACGAGCUGGACAAGAAGACGGGGCUCAUCAAGGUUGAUCGGAUUCUAUACUCGUCCGUGGUCUACCCUCACAACUACGGUUUCAUUCCGAGAACGCUUUGCGAGGACAACGACCCCAUGGAUGUCCUUGUCCUCAUGCAGGAACCAGUUCUUCCUGGUUCAUUCCUCCGAGCCAGGGCCAUUGGUCUCAUGCCUAUGAUUGACCAGGGAGAGAAGGAUGACAAGAUCAUAGCUGUCUGCGCCGAUGAUCCUGAGUACCGCCAUUUCAAUAAUCUCAGCGAGCUUUCUCCUCAUCGCCUUCAGGAAAUCCGGCGCUUCUUUGAAGACUACAAGAAGAAUGAGAACAAGGAGGUUGCUGUCAAUGACUUCUUGCCUGCUCCGACAGCUCGUGAAGCAAUCCAGUACUCUAUGGAUCUGUACGCACAGUACAUUCUGCAGAGCUUGAAGCGGUAGAGCGUAUUCCAAUUUUUUGAUUUACGAAUUCUUCCCGUGAGCUCAAGCAAAGAGUGGCUCUGCAGAACAGUUAAGAUCUGAUGCAUAGCCAAGUUAUAUGGGUUAUGUAUGUCAACAAAUCAUUGCUCCCCCCCCCCCCCCCAGAGAUGUAUUAGUCUGUAUUUCGGCAUUACUCAUUUGGAAAUUUGUUUCAAGGCUUGUGCUUUGAUCUAUGUACUUCUAUUUGUUAUUGGAAAAGGAAUUAAUAUGGCGAUUGGUGUUACUUCGCUAUUUGAUUGGGUUA